AUGUCUGAAGCCAUCUAUGCUGAGCCCGAUAUGACCAAGAAGGUCAAGUUUAACAGAGGUGAGAUGAAGGAGAGGAUUGUGGAUAUCUACGUCAGUGCAGACACCCUGAGAGACGGUGAGACCAGCACCAGGAGAGAAGAGACAGAGGACACUGCUCCUAAUAAUGGACCAGGAAACCAUCACUCAGUACAUUGUCAGUGGUGGAAGAGACCCUCUGGAGUUYCUGCAGUGUGUCUGGGGCUGCUGUGUGUUCUCCUACUGGCUGGGAUCAUAGGCCUGUCUGUCCAAUACAGCAACGUCUCAAAGAACUCAUCUGCAGAGAGAGACCAGCUACAGACCAGUUACAACACCCUGACUAAAGAGAGAGACCAGCUACAGACCAGUUAUAACAACAUGACUAAAGAGAGAGACCAGCUACAGACUGAGAGAGAUUUUCUUAGCGGGAGGCUUACCAAUUGCACCUGGCAGAAAUUUGAAUCCAGUUGGUACUUCCUCUCUGAGACGACUGAGAAAACCUGGGAGAAGAGCAGACAGGACUGUCAGGAGAGAGGAGCAGACCUGGUGAUCAUAAACAGUGAUAAGGAACAGGUACUCGGUAUUACCCACCAGCCUGAUAAUGGUGCUGGCAGACGAGAAAAUGGGGAGGAGGACUGUGUUGAGAUACAUGAUGAUCGAGUCCUCUGA